AUGGCCAUGUUUCAGUACAAGAACUACCGGUAUGUUCUGGCCUUCAUUUUUGCCAUUGAGGAAAUCAACAGAAACCCUCAUCUUUUACCCAACAUUUCUCUAGGAUUUGAUCUCUAUAAUGCCCUGCACAGUGAACAGAGGACACUGGAGAGUUCCCUCAUUUGGCUCUCAGGGCUGGAAAAGGAUGUCCCACGUUUCACCUGUGCUAAAUACUGUGGAGGAGAAUUUGUCUGCCCUCCAACUUCAAACUGUGUGAAUACUAAUGUCAGCUAUUACUGUGAGUGCCACCAGGGAUAUGUCACCAAUGAUGGAGACCACACCUUCAAGAGUCUGCAGAAGAAAUGCAUUAAUAUGGAUGAAUGCCAUAAUAGCAUUGCCCGUCGACCCUCAAAGACCAAUACAACUGGAAGCUACCUUUGUACCUGUCAACCUGGUUUGGCUCUAAGUAAUGGAAAGCCAAACUUCACACAUGAGAAGGUAGAAUGCACUGAAAUCAAUCCUAAUUGUUCUCAACUUGGCAAAAAUAAAUUUUCCAGAGACUGUGAAGUCCAGGGAAUAGCUAAUUCUUUUGAUCUCCUCACCAACAUUACUGCCCAUGGAACCGCCAGAAACAAAGAAGAAUUGGCUGCAGUGCUAACCCUGUAUCUGCAGAGUGUUCAGUCAGCAGCAUACAGUGAAGCUCAGAAACAAACCACAGAGGGCAAACGGAGGGUAGAGACACAGUUUAUGGCUAUUGAAACUCUGGCCAUUAAAGGAGGCUGCAAAGGGUCAAAAGAGACGUUCACCCUGAGGGCUGGAACAGAAGUGAUGAGCAUUCACUGCACGACCAUUGCUGGGGAAGACAGUGGAGGAGCAGCUGCCUUUAUUUCCUAUAAUUCCAUUGGACUCAUCAUGAAUAACACAUUUAUCUCCAAGGAACACCUAAAUACUGACGAAGAGCUGGACAAAUUCUAUCUCAACUCCAAGGUAGUGAGUGGCACAAUAGGAUACGUGAAGAAUGGGUCUCUGGCUGCUCCUAUUAACUUCACUUUCCAACAUAUUCAGGUGGGCACAAAGCAGGUAAAAAAUGAAUUUGAAAGGCCUUUAUGUGUCUACUGGCACAAAAUGACUUGGUUCAAUGAUGGCUGUCAUGUCAUCUUUUAUAAUGUGACACAAACAGUUUGUUCCUGCAAUCACCUCUCCAGUUUUGCAGUACUUAUGGCAUCCAGUGUGACGAAGGAGGACCCUGUGCUGACUGUGAUCACCCACGUGGGGCUGGGUGUCUCUCUGCUGUGUCUCCUCCUGGCGGUCCUCACCUUCCUCCUGUGCCAAUCCAUCCAGAACACCAGCAUCUCCCUCCACCUGCAGCUCUCACUCUGCCUCUUCCUGGCCCACCUGCUCUUCCUCACAGGCAUCAAACAGACCAAGCCCAAGGUGCUGUGCUCCAUCAUCGCAGGGCUGUUGCACUACCUCUACUUGGCCUCCUUCACCUGGAUGCUCCUCGAAGGACUGCACCUCUUCCUUACCCUUAGGAACCUCAAAGUGGCCAACUACACCAUCACCAAAAGACUCCAGAAGAGGUUCCUGUAUCCUUUUGGCUACGGGAUCCCAGUGGUGAUUGUGGCUGUGUCUGCAGGGCUCAAUCCCCAUGGCUAUGGCACACCUAGACACUGCUGGCUCAACCUAAAAGGAGGGCUUAUCUGGAGUUUCAUAGGUCCAGUCUCUGUGAUCAUCUUGAUAAAUUUUAUCUUUUAUUUGACAAUCCUAUGGAUUUUGAGAGACAGGCUUUCUUCCCUCAAUAAAGAAGUGUCCACGAUAAAAAACACAAGGACAUUGACAUUUAAAGCUACGGCUCAGCUCUUCCUCUUGGGCUGCUCCUGGGGCCUUGGCUUUUUUCUCGUUGAGCCCGUAAAGGAACCAUUCAGAUCAGUGAGUGCCUAUGCUUUUACCAUCAUCAAUGUCCUACAGGGAGUCUACAUCUUCGUGAUCCAUUGUCUCCUCAAUCGGCAGGUUCAAGAAGAAUACAAGAAAUAUUUUAUGAUUAUUAAAAAAAUGGGAAGCAGUAGCUAUGUGUUAUCUGGCUCUACUACCCACAACCAAAUGUUAGUAAUUCCUGAUGUAGAAGAAUGCUAA